AUGCCGACACCCAAAAGAGUACCAGAUUGGAGCCAAGCAGUCACUAGCCUCUGUCAGUACAUUGCACUGGUAAUUAGAGUGACGGGUUUUAUGAAAGGACUUUACACGGAUUUUGAAUUGAAAUCAGAUAAUGUUAAGGAUAAAGAUGCCAAAAUCAGCUUCCUUCAAAAGGCCAUUGAUGCUGUUGUAAUGGUAACAGGAGAGCCACUGUCAGUAAAACCAGCGCGUGUUGUGGCUGGACAUGAACCUGAAAAAACCAAUGAAUUUCUUCAAGCAAUUGGGAAGUGUUGCUUAAAUAAGCUGUCCAGUGAUGUUGCUGUAAAAAGAAUCUUAGCUGGGGAAAGAGCUGAUGCUAAAGGGAAGCCUCCAUCCUCUAAAUCUCAAGAUAAAGAAAGAGAAUCCAAAACAGAAGAACAAAAAAGCCAUAGAGAUAAAGAGGGUAGAGGAGAGACUGAAAUUAAAGACAGAAGCUCAAGCAGAGACAGAAAACCCAAAAGAGAUUUGAAAGAGACCGAAGAAAGAGAAAAGGAAAGUGAUAAACAGAAGGAUAAUGAAGACAGGCACAAAGACCCUGAAAGAGACACCUUUAAGGAAGGAGAAAAACAAGAAAGGGAAAGAAGCAAAAGCAGAACAACCACACAAGGAAAAGAAACAGAAAAAAACAAGGGAAAAAGAGACAUAGAACGAGAAGAUGAUCUCGAGCGUGAUAAAGGACAGGAAAGAGAGAAAAAAAAUGAAGGAGGAAGAGAAAAGGACAGACUGAAAGGAAGAGACAAAGAUAAGGCUAGGGACAGAGAACGAGAGAAAGACAGAGAUAGAGGAAAAGAUCGGGAAAGGGAUAGACAAAGGGACAGAGAAAAAGAUGGGGAGCAUUUAAGAGAACAUGGAAAGGAUAAAGCAGAGAAAAAGUCUGCAGAUUCUGAGGAAUCCACACUUAGAAAAAUGCAGAAGCCAACUAAAGACAGCAAGUACCAGCCAGAUAAUGAGACUGAAAGUCCUGCAGGGAUAUCAAGGCAGCCUUCAACAAAAGGAUCAAGGCAACGUGCCAGACCCGGAGGAGAAGGAACCAUGGAAACAAAGAGCAUGGCAGAUAGGAUUUCAGAAGACAAUGUUGCUAAACUGCAAGAGAAAGCUGAACCAGGACUUACAGUAAAACAAAAAGAAGCAGAAGCAGAGAAUAUGGCUCCUGAAAAGUCUGCAGUAUCUGAAAAUGGUGAAGUACCUAAUGAUCUUCCACCUCAGCCCAUCCAAAGACGUAUUCCCCGUCCUAGCAGUGCAAGGCCAGCACCACCCCGAGUAAAACGUCAAGAAAGCGCAGAGGUCUUACUUCCAGAAAGGAGUGGUGGUGGUAAAGCAGUCUCAAAUGUGAUCAUAGACCAGCAGAUUUCUGAUGAUGAUGACCAGUUUGUGGUGGAGGCAGCACUGCCUCUGCCAGAAAUGGAAACGGAGCCAGAAGUGGAGCUGGUUGAGGAUGAAAAGCAUGGUGGGCUUGUAAAAAGAAUCCUAGAAACAAAGAAAGAUUAUGAGGCAUCACAGAAAUCAUCAAAGAUGACAGACACGGAGAAGCCCUUUGUGUCAGAAGCAGCUAAGAAGAAAGAGAGAGACUUGGUAGCCAAAGAAAUUGAGAAGUUUCAGGUCUCUAUUCAGACUCUGUGCCGGAGUGCCCUUACGCUUGGCAGAAUCAUGGAUUACAUUCAGGAAGACAUGGAUGCCAUGAAGAACGAGUUGCAGAUGUGGCGGCACGAGAACAGACAGCAUGCAGAAGCUCUACAGAAAGAGCAAAGCGUCACAGACAGUGCUGUAGAACCAUUAAAAGCUGAUCUGGCUGAACUGGAACAGUUGAUUAAAGACCAGCAAGACAAGAUCUGUGCUGUAAAAGCUAACAUUUUAAAGAACGAAGAAAAAAUCCGGAGGAUGGUUCUUAGCAUAAACCUGUCUUCAAGAAGGUGAAGAAGAGGAAGAAAAAAAAACGCCUUGGGACUGACUGACAUUCCUACCAAAUGAAAACAAAAUAGAAGAGAAAAACUAAGAUAUGCCUUGAUUAGAUAUAAAAUGUUUAGGGACCAGAAGCCUAAAAAUUGUAUAAAACCCCAUUGUUGCAUUGAUCUUUAGAUGUUGAUAUUACCCAGGAUAAAGUUAUAUUAAUUUGGAUGC